UCUUAUCUGCCUUUCACUAUGUAAUUUAAUCCUCUUUCUCCUCCACUUUAAAAGGUUGUUUCCCCCAUUGUGCAACAGCUGUUGUUUAGUUUUAUAAAUAAUCCCCCAUGUUUGUUUUCUUUAGGUUUUGUAUCAAUACAGUAUGUGCCAGUAGUUCAUUUUCCAGGCAUUAUUAUUUCCUACAUAAGUCUAGAUAUAUUGUGUGAUUCUAGCAGUGAAUCAGCUGCAUGCCUUUAUAUUUAAAAAUGCAAACUGUAGAAUUUAACCUAGCUACGAUAAGCUAAUUAGCAUUCAGAUAUCUAAAAGACCUUAGAGGAGCCCCGAGAUGUCUGAGGCGGACACUGAGGACGCAAUAGGUGACAGUCCUGUCAAAGGGGAAUUCGAGUUAUUUGAGGUUCUGCCUUUUAAAAUAAUUUAAUGAGACAAAUUGGAUUUCAUUGCAAUGAUGAUUUUUGAGGUCUUAAUUCACAAACAGUACAAGUAGUUACUGCUGCAUCUGGCGUAGCAGAUCAAAUGAGCCAGGUGAAGUUACAAACCAAACAGUCCCAAACAAUAUUUUUUGGCCUCUUGAAUAGCAGUAGCUGCAUGCACUUGACCAUUUGAAGUGCCCUUCCUGAGCUGAGACUAGAACUGCUCAUAGCAGUCAAAACAUGAGCCCAUCCAGGUUUUCUGCAGUGCUAACACAGCACCCUGCGUGCGCUCAGUACUUUUCUUCAGGACGCCCAGCAUUUGGUUGGCUUUUUGGCUGCCAGCAAAAAAUAGAGGAGGUGCAGUCAAAGUUUUGAAGAUAGUAUAACUGUAUGGAUAGUCAUAUUUAUUUCAAUUAUUUUAAGAAUUUCUAAACGUUUGGAGUGAGAGUUGCAAAGGGAUUGCAGUGGUAAUUAGGUACCUAAUUUAACUGUAGUUGUUUCAGAAUGCCACAUUUUUGAUAGACAGAAAUCCCCAUACAGGUGAGGAUAUUAUUAAAGAACAAGCAAUAUGUUUUGGAUAGUAAGCAUGUUUGUAUAAUUUCCUUGAAGUCUUUUGUUGUACAAUAUGAAGCAAAUAGAAAUUCUAAGUUCAUCAUUUAAGUAAAAUGUUAAGAUAAGCAAUGUGAAAUCUUGAGCCUAGGAGCCAUUUACUUAAACUACUUCAUUGCUAUGGAAAAUCCCCUGUGUUAGUAAGCAAAUUCAUGUGUAAAAAAUGCAUGUAAUGCUUUUCAUUUUGGUGGCUUAAAAUUUUACUUGCAAAUAGCUUUCUCACUGUCAAGUAUGGUACACUUAGGGAUACCUGGAUGCCACUGAAAUGGUGUAGGAAGGCAUGUUGUUUCAAACAGAAGCUUUAUAUGUUCAUUAUUAACCUCAACUGUUGCACUGGGUUUGUUGCUUCUGGCAGUAACUAAUAGAUGAAGUUUCAGAGGAAAAUUAUAAAACCUAUCAUGGCACUUGACAGACUGAGCAGUUCUAUAUAGUACAGCAGAAUUCUUUCUUGCUUCCUGGAGGUGGUCAGGUAAACCUUGGAGCAUUGAAAACUUUCUUAGUCAAGUUUUUCAUUUUAUUUUAAUUUUUUACUGUGCUAGAAGAUCUGUUCGGUAUAACCAUGGAACCAGCGAGAUGUGCUUUCCUAACUACACAAACAGUGUCGGGAGGUAGUUGCUCCUCACACAGUAAAUAGCAAAUGUCCCUGUUUGGAAACAGGAAAGUAAACAGUGGGAUUAUGGAUGUUGAUGUUUUAGCUUUGGUCUUGCUGGAUGUUCUGGAAAUCCUGCAUGACACUGUGGUUGCUAUAAUAUAUGUGAUUAUUUUGCAUCUGUGUGUUCUGCAGUAGGAAUUUUAAGGGUUUCAUGAGUUUGCUACCUUUUAAAGCCAGCUUUAAAGAAACAGAUUUUAGUGAUCGAAGAUGCUUUCUUUACCGCUUAAAUAUCUACCAUUUUUGUGCAAGCUGGUUUUCUGUUACUAGACAUGCCUUAGGUUCUGCUAAGUAUAUUUGGCUAAUUUUUGCUAAUUUUAAGAAAAUUGCAGAAGACACUGAUAGAAAAAUCACUCUGAACGACUUCUAAAAAGGAACUCUUGAAGCUGUAAGAAUUUGUUUUGACAGACAAGUUGGUGCUUUCACUAAAUCAGCAGUUUGCUUAAUAAUAGCUACGCAAGGUUGCAGUUCUGUAUGUGUCCUCUUUUUCUAGAAAUCAAUAUCUUGUUCUUUGUGGAUGACUGACUCAUAAUGCAAAUAGAAGGAUGACUAUUGGUUACUUAUAAUAGUUAUAUACUUAUAUACUUAUAAUAGUUUAUACAACUGUAGAAGAAGAAAAAGUAUAUUCACUAGUGUGAUAAGGGCACAAGGAAUAGGAAAGGAGUCAUGUUAGAUGUUGAGAGAUCACUAGGAAUUAUGGGAUAAGUAAUUCUAAAGAUCAUACUGCAGUGAAUACAAGAAGAUGACAGGAGCUGACUGUCUUCUCUUGACUUGGUUGAAAUGCUACAGCAGGGUGCAGGAACUGCAGUUGUGCUGAGAUCCUGCAUUACACAGCAAACACUGAGUGUGUCUGGUUUGCCAACCUGGUCUUUUUUCACUUAUUUUCACGUAGUUCUGUGUUACUAUAGUAUCAUUGGCUUUGUAACCAGAUGAAACUGCUAGAGAGCUCUGUGUCUAAGCGUUGCGGAAUGUUUAGGGGCGGUUGGGAUGAUAUGCCUUUUUUACAAAAUGGGGAGCAUUCCAUUAAUUUCGCAGAGAACACCGAGAAAGCAUAAGAAUUAUGCUGUGGUUUGUGGGAAAAUUGCUGCCUGGAAAAAGCUGAAGAAAAACUGGCGAGUACCCCAAAUUAAGCUGAUCUAAGUGAGCAAACCCUAUGCAUUACUAAAGACAGUAUUUGUUGUGCUUUGGGCCAUUUUCACAGAUACAUGUAAAAAAGCCUGGAUGAUUUUUAUAAGGUUGUGCAAGCUGCUGCUCUAGUGAAGACUGCAAUGAGCUUGGAGGUGAUGAGGUUUGGGGGUUUCUUUGAAGCUGAUUUACAAACCGUGAUGUAUUGUAUUUUCUGAAGUCUGUUGUGGGGAUUGAAAGGGGCAACUUCAUAUUUCUGAUGUGAUGAAUCUGAUAGAAAAUCAUGUAUCCUAUCAUAUACUUUGUUAAUGGCUUUCCAAUGAAAGUCAAAGAAAUUAAAUGCACCCGAGUCACUGUAGUUUAACAAUACUGUGAUCCAUCAUGUGGCCCUGGAAAAGCUAUUUUAGAGGAUUAGUGUGUCACAUUAGGCUAUGUGUAUUAUUUAUGUGCAUCUUGUAAAAUUCUUCUUGGCUGGGGUGAGUAACUUUCUGAUGAGCAAAUAAAAUAUCACCCUUGAUUAUACUUUUUUCAUUUUUUCUCUCACCCAGAUAUUUAUGUUAUGUUCAUUACUAAAGUGGAAGGUGGGGAUAUACAGAAUUACAGGUUGAAGUCUUUCCCUGGGGUCUCUGAGGUAUUGAUGAGUAAGAGCUGCAAUCAAACCAUCCAACAGAUCUGUUUCAGGUGGAGUUUUAAUGUUGUGAUGUCAGAAUGAAGAGCAGGAUACCUCUCAUUCUUCUAGCCUGUGGCUCCUUUAACCCCAUCACAAACAUGCACAUGCGUUUGUUUGAGCUGGCUAGAGAUCACCUGCACCAAACAGGAAGAUAUCAGGUGAUUGAAGGCAUAGUGUCUCCUGUUAAUGAUGACUACAGGAAGAAGGGCUUGGUUUCAGCAAGGCACCGAAUAGCGAUGGCUAAACUAGCACUGGAGACAUCUGACUGGAUUCGAGUUGAUCCAUGGGAGAGUGAACAGGAGACAUGGACAGAGACAGUGAAAGUAUUAAGGCACCAUUACAAUGAAUCACUCAGAUUGCUCCAGUCCAAGAAGGAAAUAAUGAAAAACAAACAGCCCAUAGAAAGAUCUACAGAGGAUUCCCUUUCUGACCAGCACUCAGCUCUACCAGAAUUAAAGCUGCUCUGUGGAGCUGAUUUUCUGCAGACUUUUAAGACACCCAAUCUCUGGAAGGAAGAACACAUCAAAGAAAUAGUGGAAAAGUUUGGUUUGGUCUGCAUUAGCCGUGCUGGCUCUGACCCUACUCAGUACAUCAAUGAAUCAGACCUUUUAACUCAAUUUCAGCACAAUAUCUUUCUGGUGAAAGAAUGGAUUCAGAAUGAAAUCAGUGCAACACAGAUACGCUCUGCCUUGUGCCGAGGAUUAAGUGUAAAGUAUCUCAUACCAGAUUCUGUUAUAUCCUACAUUGCACAUCAUAAUAUCUACACAGAAGAGAGUGAGAGGAAGAAUGAAGGUGACUUGCUUCAGCCUCUUAAAUUGCAUAACACAGCAGUAAACCCACUAAAUGACUGAUGUCUGUAGUGUGUGAAAUGGACACACCCGGUGUUUUUUCGUGUAAAGUUCUUGCAGAAGUUGUUUCUUGUUAAUGAGGGCAAAGUACCUCAGUCAAAAAUUCAUUGAAUUCAUUUGGUGAUUUAAACUCCUGUUUUUGUGUGUGGUAGUGCUUAAGCAAACUGGGAUGAUUAGCUGUGUAGCUUAGAAUAUAUAUAAAGAAGAGCUUCCUUGUGAAAAUAAAAGAAAUAAGAUCUUAACAAUAAAUAUUAAUUUCCAGUAAUA